GAGGCCAGUUGUAGGCUACAAUUUCGCGACGGGAAAAUUAUAUUGCAUAUUUAUUGGUGCAUAAAGUAAAUGCCUGAGAUUCCACAUAAAUAAUUGCACCGACUUCGGCUUUACUCAUCUUUACUGUAGACAGAACUGCUUGACUUUUGGUAACUGGUCGCUUGGACUUAAAGAUUGAGUUUGGACUUGAGAUGGUGCUUCCCCAGUUGGCCGUUGUAGUUGGUGCGGCUGCUGGUUUUCCCGGGAUCUGAUUUGGUGCCACUUGCUAGCUGGUGCUGCCUGUUGCACUAUUACUGUUAGCCCCCAAGUUGAGUUGCAGUUGGAGGAGCAGCGUUACAAUUUGGAAAAUCGGUCAAUGGAAACGGGCUUGUAAGCAGGUGCAAUCGCUGUGGAGAGCCGCUACAAAAUCCAGACCUAGACCAGGCCUAGAGCACAGAGCGGCGGUGCACGAGCAUGUCGCUAAAGAAAGAGACGCCAUCGGAUGUGCAGCUGCAUAUGGCAGCCAUGAGGGGUGAUGAAGUGGCUCUGCUGAGAGUUCUGGACAGCGGAAAAGUCCAUGUGGACUGCAAGGAUGAGGAUGGAACGACUCCACUUAUUUUGGCUGCUGCCGGAGGCCACACCUACUGCGUGAUGGAGCUGCUCGAUCAGGGAGCUGAUCCAAAUUCCCGCCGCUUGACGGGAACCACACCGCUCUUCUUUGCCGCCCAAGGCGGCCACCUGGAUGUAGUGAAGAUCCUAAUGAAGGCCGGUGCCAGUGUGGACACACCUUCUGCCGAUGGGGGAACACCACUUUUUGUGGCCGCCCAAGGUGGUCAUGUGAAGAUAGUUCGGGAGCUCUUGGACUGUGGAGCGAAUGUGAAUGCUCACAUGAAGGACCGUGCCACACCAGUUUUCAUAUCCGCUCAAAAUGGGCAUCGCACAGUUCUGUCCCUGCUGAUUCAGGCCGGUGCAGAGAUCGAUAUCAAGCGCAUUGAUGGCGCCACGCCCCUUUGGAUAGCUGCCCAGAUGGGCCAGGAUCACAUAUGUAAGGUGCUGCUGCAGAAUGGAGCGAAUGUGGACACAGUGCGCUGUGAUGGUGCCACUCCGCUCUUCAAGGCCGCCCACAAGGGUCAUGCGGCGGUCAUCACAGUUCUGCUCAAAUACCGCCCCAAUCUCGGCCUGCUGCCCAACGGAGAGACGGCGCUGCAUGCGGCGGCCAUGUUCGGUCACAUGACUGUCUGUAAGCAGCUGGUUGGAGCCGGCAGCGAUGUGCUGAUGAAGAACCAGGAGGGACUGACGGCCCUGCAGCUGGCGCACCAACAGAAGUACACCUCCAUCUGUGAUUACCUCCAGGAGCGGGUCCGGACGAUGGUGGCGCGCAACACAAAGGCGAUGGUCUCGUCCGGAGUUGGUUCCACAAUACCGACGAUGUCGGCGUAAGGGGAUGUUCACGAUACAGAGACCAUGCCUCCCAAGUACCUUUAUGCACAAUACGUUGGCCUUUUUGCUUAUGUUGAAACAGAAGGAGAAGCGACAGAGGGAGACAGAGUGUGUAUGGCAGAGGUGACCACGUAGUGACAGCGGGGAUCCCCCACAAUAAUUUGGGGGAAAACCAGGGAUAUGGAUUGGCGAUGAAUUGAAUUGACUUAGGAUCGAUUCUUCAGUGUCCAUUAAGAUUAACCACUACGCUAACUGUCAGUGAAUUCAAUUUGAUUCAUGAAUCUGUGGAAUAUUAACAGAGGAAUAUUAACUGCUAACUAAUAGAUCGGUUAACUGACAGUUUUUAACGUAAAUAAUAAUUUUUUCUGAACACAUAUGAAAAUCAUUUGACUAUCGAAUAUGUAUGAGGAAUAUAAACCUAACUUUAAAUUUACUGCUUACUGAUUGCUCUGUUAACUGACAGUUUCUACCCUUACUGAUUAUUUUCUCGAAUAGAAAAAGCUUACCCUUUCUAUAUGAAAGAUAACGGAAACAAGAAAUAAAGGAAACAAGACUCACUGUCAAAACUGCGAUUUAAUAUCUUAUUUCUGUGUUUAAAAGCUAUAUGUUAUUCUUUAGCGAUCUAACAAGUUACAAGAAAGAAAACCUAUCGAAUAUCGAAUAUCGGUAAUUUCAGGUUAAUCCUAAAAUGUACUUUAUCGAUUUUACAAAAGUCACCAAGGAACAAUGGAGUAUUUAUUAAAGAUAUCCAUAUCCCCACCAGUUGUGUUGCUUGUAAUGUCAUAAACACUCAAUCUCAAAACUAAUUAUCCAAAUGAAAAAAAUCCACUAGUACGAACACGUCCAAGCUAAACUAAAUGGCAAACCCCAUGAAAAGCAAACUAUAUAUAAAUAAAUAUAUAUAUAUAUAUUAGAUAAUCGUAUCAUCCAUAUUAACAACCACUUGGAGCUUGUAUUUUGAAUUUAAACAUUAACCAUAACAAUAAUGUUAGCUAUUAUAAAGAAUGUUAACAUGGACCCAGAAUGAUAAUGUUACAAUGUCCCCUGUACAUAACCAUUAAUAUAUAUACACACACAUACUAAUAUUUAAUUAUGUAUAUUUGAAACUAUUUAUAGUCCUACAUUAUCCCUAAGCAAUUGUUGACAAGUGCUUUACGUUUAAACGCCUUUUUGUCCCUAAAUUAGCUAUUAAUUAUAGUAACACUCAAUGGGUUUUGCUUAUAUUUUUUCUGUAAACUAGAUACGACAAUUAAUUACUUCCUUACUUUAUUACCAUUUAAGUGUAGCCCACAAAUUUUUGCAAGUUUAAUAAAAUGACACACAUGAUUACUGCA